AUGUUAGCCAAAGAUCAACUCUAUUAUUUUGUCGAUAUUCAAGAGCAUACGUAUGAUUUAAAAACUCUAAGCAAUACAUUCUUUCCGCAUAGUAACAUCAAUUUGUUGAAUAUACCCUCGAGUUUGGGAGUGAGGCCGAAACAGGUCGAAUCCUUAUUCAAUGAGGGCGUGAACAAUGUUCUGGAGAGGCCGGUUCCUCAAACCUACUUUUGUGGCCUUCUAAAGAAACCUCUCAGCAAGAGAGAUCACUACAUGGAAGCAUUCCUUGAUUUGCUUCCACAAACAGCGACCGUGAUUCGGGAGGGACGAGAAAUUGAAAUUGAUAUUCAGUUCAUUGUAUAUGGAGAUUUGAUUAUACUCAAAGAGGGAGAAGUAUGUCCGGCCGAUUGUAGAAUUAUAUGGAUUCAGGAGGAAUUGUUGGUAGAUGUUUCAGUCAUUAAGGGGAAAACAUCGGAGCCUGUCUCUUGUACGACCUACAUGACCGAUGCUUUGCCUCUGAAAACUCACAAUCUCGUCUUUGCUGGAAGUAAAAUAAUGAAAGGAAAAGGAAUUGGUCUUGCGAUUGCAGUCGGUGAGAGACGAGUUCAAAUUCGAAUUGUGGACUAUGUGUUGGCGAAAGAGAUGGGUGUAAAAAUUGUUCAACCUACCUCUGUGCCUUUGGUGAGACCUCAGUCACAGCCCAUGAAUCUUAAACGAACGUCCUUCACAUCCGAUCGGUCCGAUACGAGUGUCUCGAGUGCAGGUGGUGUCGUGAGGAGGAGCUCCUUCUCUGGAGAAGGAAAAACCACGGAGAGAAGAUCAUCCAUGGAUCGAAAAUCGUUGGACAGAAAGUCCAUGGAUCGAAGAUCCGUAAGGGAGCAAGGAAACUCUGUGACGUACAGCAGACGAUCAUCGUCCUAUUCGAAGGUGCCCUACAUCUCCUCGUCCUCACCCACAAAGAAUAAUCGUUCACCAAGAAAAAGAUCCCCCUCUCACAAAAUCUGA